AUGGGCGAUAUCAAUGAAUGUCUUGACAAUCCAUGUCAAAACGGAGGAACAUGCAGCAACAGCGAUGGAUCUUUCACGUGUACAUGCGCAGGUGGAUUCACAGGGGCACUCUGUAAUGAAGAUAUCAAUGAAUGUCUUGACAAUCCAUGUCAAAACGGAGGAACAUGCAGCAACAGCGAUGGAUCUUUCACGUGUACAUGCGCAGGUGGAUUCACAGGGGCACUCUGUAAUGAAGAUAUCAAUGAAUGUCUUGACAAUCCAUGUCAACACGAAGGAACAUGCAGCAACAGCGAUGGAUCUUUCACGUGUACAUGCGCAGGUGGAUUCACAGGGGCCCUCUGUAAUGAAGAUAUCAAUGAAUGUCUUGACAAUCCAUGUCAACACGGAGGAACAUGCAGCAACAGCGAUGGAUCUUUCACGUGUACAUGCGCAGGUGGAUUCACAGGGGCACUCUGUAAUGAAGAUAUCAAUGAAUGUCUUGACAAUCCAUGUCAACACGAAGGAACAUGCAGCAACAGCGAUGGAUCUUUCACGUGUACAUGCGCAGGUGGAUUCACGGGGGCACUCUGUAAUGAAGAUAUCAAUGAAUGUCUUGACAAUCCAUGUCAAAACGGAGGAACAUGCAGCAACAGCGAUGGAUCUUUCACGUGUACAUGCGCAGGUGGAUUCACAGGGGCACUCUGUAAUGAAGAUAUCCAUGAAUGUCUUGACAAUCCAUGUCAAAACGGAGGAAUAUGCAGCAACAGCGAUGGAUCUUUCACGUGUACAUGCGCAGGUGGAUUCACAGGGGCACUCUGUAAUGAAGAUAUCAAUGAAUGUCUUGACAAUCCUUGUCAAAACGGAGGAACAUGCAGCAACAGCGAUGGAUCUUUCACGUGUACAUGCGCAUGGGCAUUCACAGGGGCACUCUGUAAUGAAGUUCUGCCGAACAUCGCAUUAGGUAAACCUGCCACACAGUCAACAACGUAUCAUGACGAUAAUGCCGCGUAUGCAGUGGAUGGCAACAGAGGAACAGAUAUUUAUGUAGACAGGUGUACAGUCACAUAUUAUGCUGACACCAAUCCCUGGUGGAGGGUGGAUCUGCAGGCUGUGUAUACCAUCACAUCUGUCAGAAUACUCAAUGCAGGAAUAUAUAACUACGCAAUAGGUAAGUGUAAAAAGUAG